GUCACGAGGUAGUAUACGGACAACUUUUGGGCUGUCUGGGCGUUCGAUCUGGCCUGGAAAUCUAUACUUAUAACGGGUAAACACUAAACCUAGCGUCAAACACGCUAGCCAGAACUACGGUCCGGUUCUAAGCAGGUUCUUAAAGGUGGUCCCUCAUUGUGCCGAGGACCAAAAUCACCAGGUGCGCCCAAGUGUGACUCCAGUUUGCUCCAGAAUGGCACUGAGGUCGGUUGUUGUUCUAGUUGCGGCGUUUGCGGUUGCUGCUACAAAUGCCCAGUUCAAGUGUCCGAAGAACAGGGGCCAGUUCGAGGAUCCCAUCCAGUGUGAUAAAUACUACGAAUGUGACGAAGGGGUAGCCACGGAAAAGAUCUGCCCCGAUGGGUUGGUCUUCGAUCCGACCAUCAAGCUCGUCAACAAAUGUGAUCAACCCUUCAACGUGGACUGCGGCGAUCGUCUGGAGCUUCAGGAAGCCCAAGGCACUACCGAAUAUUGUCCUCGCAAGAAUGGAUUCUUCAGUCACCCCGAUCCGGCGAUCUGUAACAUUUUCUACAGUUGCAUCAAUGGCGAUGAGCUGGAAAUGACCUGCACCGGUUCGCUGCACUUCGACGAGAAAUCCGGAACCUGUGUGUGGCCCGAUGUAGCUGCCCGGACUGGCUGUGGAAGCAAUGGAAACAAGAAACUCAACGACGGCUUCCAAUGCCCCAAGGAAACGAGGUACGACAAAAAUGGCCAGGUCAUCACUCACCCGAACUAUCCUCAUCCGACCGAUUGCUCGCGGUUCUACUACUGCCUGAACGGUGUUGAUCCUCGCCAGGGACAGUGUGAUGCUGGCUUGGUCUACAACGAAGACAUUCAACGGUGUGACAAUCCCGAUAAUGUACCCGAAUGCAAGGACUGGUACAAGGACGAAGACGUUAAGAAGACCCGCUAAGUGAAGGUGAAUUCCCUCCUCAACGGUCGUCAACCGAGACUGAGCUGAAGAUGAGCGCUACAGAAGAGUACACCGAAUGUGCUUAAAUAAUAGGAUAAGUGGAGAUUUCCAAUACUAAGAGACUUGAUGAACCUUGCCUUUGAAACAUUUUCAGACGAAGUGGAAGUGAAAAUUCAUUCAAAUGAAUUGUUUGUGAUCGUUGGCGUUAGUAAGCGCGUUUUCUCGAAAAUAACAUUAAUUUGUAGCCCAAAAUCCUAUUAACAACAACAUAUUCUUCUAAAAAAAUCUCAA